GUAGAUCUGACAGGGCAAUUCCUUGGUAAGUCAACACCAUACAGGGGAACUAGCAAUCGGUUUCGAACUUCCACUGCUGCUAAGAUGGCGUUGGAGAAGUGGGAAAUUAUAUACAGAGUGCCCUCUCUUCGGCUGUAGACCACCAAAGGCGUGCGUCCUAUGUUACCAUACCCGCAAAAACCCAGAGACACAGACCCCCAAAGUAAUUACCGCCAAAAUGGCAACUGAUCAUUCGCACUCUCAUGAAUUCAUCAUUGGCUCGAAAGAAGGACCUAUGCACAUUGGAGCCACAUUCCAAUGGGCCGUCAUUACUACUUUAUUUUUGUCCGCAACAUAUAUACUGGGGAAAGGGAUAUAUAAUCUUUAUUUUCAUCCCCUUGCAAAGUUUCCCGGCCCAUUCUGGGCCCGAGCUUCUUUAUUCUGGCGAUUUUGGCAUACAAUGGGCGGUCGCUCACAUAGAGAAAUCGAAAAACAGCAUAUGAAAUAUGGACCUGUCUUUCGGGUCUCGCCGAACGAGCUGUCAUUUGCAUCAGUAGAUUCGUGGAAAACCAUCUACGGAUUUCCGCCUCCUGGCCAACCGCAUCUUGUGAAGGGUGAAUUCUACGAUAUAUACGGAGCGGGGUUCAAGACUGGUUGCAUUGGCUCCGAAAGGGACCCCCAACAACACGCUAUAAAGAAGAAAAACCUUCUUGCUGCAUUUUCUACCAAAGCUCUCAAUGCACAAGAGGCGUUAGUGCAGCAAUGUUGGGACCAGUUUGUAGAAAAAAUCGGGCCUCUAAGUCGCGAAACACCUCAAGGUAUUGAUAUUGUGAAAUGGUUUGAGAUGGCCACGUUUGACAUACUUGGAGAGAUGGCCUUCGGGGAGGGCUUCCACUGCAUGGAAACUGGGAAACAUCAUUUUUGGCUUGAUCUAAUAUUGGAGCAUCUUCUCGAGAUAUCUCUUGUGGACAACUUACGACGAUUUCCAUUCCUAGCUACUCUUGGCAGAUGGAUUUUGCCUUCUCUGACAGUAAAAGUACGCAACAAGCACACAGGAUAUAGCAGAGAGAAAGUUCACAAACGACUCAAUGCUGAGAACACUCGCCAUGAUUUCCUCACAAAUAUGGUGAGCAAGGUGAAGUCCGGCGAAGUCUCCCGUGAAGAGUUAACGGCCCACGCCUCUACUCUAAUCAUCGCUGGCGGUGAAACCACGGCACAUACUCUCUCAUCUAUAAUUUACUACGUUCUUAAGACGCCUGGUUGCAGGGAGAAGUUGAUGAAAGAAAUUCGAGACCACUAUAGCUCAUAUGAGCAGAUCGAUGCAACGUCGGCGCUUCAAGUUCCUUAUCUUCAGGCUGUGAUACAAGAGGCACUCCGUAUUCACCCGUCUGGUGCCCAGGGCUUCCCACGGACCUCUCCCGGUGUCCUCAUAGACGGGCAUUAUGUGCCUGCUGGUACCGAGGUGUAUACUUCAGCAUGGACUGUAGUACAUGAUCCUGCAAAUUUUCAUGAUCCAUAUGCUUUCAAACCGGAACGAUGGACCGACCCCGCGUGCACUGAUAUCAAGGACGCAAGCCAGCCAUUUUCACUCGGCUACCGUGCCUGUAUUGGUAGAAACUUCGCAUUCAUCGAAAUGGCACUAUGUCUGACAAAGAUGGCAUACAAGUAUGAGUGGGAACUAGUUGACAAGAAUCUUGACUGGGAAGCCGCCUCUAGGUGUUAUAUAAUGUGGUGGAAAGCGCCAAUUAUGGUUCGUUUAACUGACAGGAAGGGUUUGUGAGAUGAGUUGGGGAGUUGGGUGUUGGGGCAAAAGCCGAUCAUCUCGAACAGAGACAGGGCCAAUGUGCGAUAGGAUCAGUUGACUAGAUAAUUGAGAAAUGUAACAAA